GCCGCACCUCCCGAGCCACUUACUGUGAGCCCUUUGACGUCGCCAAACGGAGCUCCGACAAGAGGAGCACAGGAGGCAGACCAACACCAUCGCGACACUGACUACCGCAUUGCGCCUCGCCCUCGCGCAACCGCUGUCUAUUCACCAUGGGGGACAGACUCACGCAGCUGCAGGAUGCGGUCGACCAGCUCGCCCAGCAGUUCGUCGCGACGCUGCACUUUACGCACAGCCGGCACGACCUCGAGACUCUUAGUCCCGGCGAUAAGGUGCGGGACCUUAAGCAGGAGCCGCAGCAGAGAGAAGUCGACCCGCUCCCCGCCGAUGAGUUCCAGGCCGGCCUGCGGGAGCUCUCCAGGGACCUCAUUCUCAAGGAGCAGCAGAUAGAGUACCUCAUCUCAUCGCUCCCCGGACUCGACAACAGCGAAAAGGACCAGGAGAAAAACAUCAAGGACCUCGAGGAAGACCUCAAGGCGGCGGAAGCACAGAGGCAAGAGGCGCUCAAGGAGAGGGACGAGAUACUGGCGCAGCUGGACGAUGUCAUUCGCAGUGUGCGGCGCCCUUGACCGGAGGUAUGGCAAAGCCCGGUUUGGGCGUUUCAUAAUGCAUAGCGAGGAGUUCGGAAUCGGAUUACUGCAAGGGCAGAUUGGGAGUCUAGCAACACCACCAUGAUUGGGCCUUGGGCUCAAGUCACAACAUUGUCUAUGUUGAAAAAGGUCUAUACCGCCGUCAUUAACUACAUUACUUAUCUAUUCAUGCCGU